GGAACUCCAUUUCCCGUGGUGCUUUGCGGCCGCUCUGUUUCUGGGUGUCUAGCAACAGCUAACUAGCCCAGACAGCCGGCAGGCAUCAGCAGCAGCAGCAACGACAUCCCCGCAAAAAAAUCACUCGCCGUCGGGUUUUCACAGUUGAGGGUCGCUCGGCUGAAAAAAGAGUGGGGAGACAACUGCGAGCCCUGCGCAAAGAUAUGAGCGGCAGCGGGCGGCCCAGGACCAGCUCGUUUGCUGAGCCGCCAGGUGUUCCAGGAGCCGCCGCCGCCGCCGCGCCCGCCGGAUCAGCCGCUGCCGUGGGGAGCAGCACAGGAAAGUCCGGGGUCUCGCAGGCCUCCGGGAGCAGCUUAUCAGGAUGCUCGAACCUCAAGCUCGCAAGAGACAGCGGCAAGGUGACGACAGUGGUGGCCACGCCGGGUCAGGGCCCGGACCGCCCACAGGAAGUCUCCUACACUGACAUCAAGGUGAUCGGCAAUGGCUCAUUCGGGGUGGUCUACCAGGCCCGACUCAUGGACAGCCAGGAGAUGGUGGCCAUCAAGAAGGUUCUCCAGGAUAAGAGGUUCAAGAACCGUGAGCUGCAGAUCAUGAGGAAGCUGGACCACUGCAACAUCGUCAGACUACGUUACUUCUUCUACUCCAGCGGAGAGAAGAAAGAUGAAGUGUACCUCAACUUGGUGCUGGACUUUGUCCCCGAGACGGUCUACAGGGUUGCCCGGCAUUUUAACAAGAACAAGAGCAUCAUUCCUAUAAUAUACGUCAAGGUGUACAUGUACCAGCUGUUUCGCAGCCUGGCUUACAUCCACUCUCAAGGCGUGUGUCAUCGUGACAUCAAGCCCCAGAACCUGCUUGUGGACCCGGAGACCGCCAUCCUCAAGCUGUGUGACUUUGGCAGCGCCAAGCAGCUGGUCCGCGGCGAGCCCAACGUCUCGUAUAUCUGCUCGCGCUACUACCGAGCACCCGAGCUCAUUUUCGGCGCCACCGACUACACGGCCAACAUCGACAUCUGGUCGGCGGGCUGCGUGCUGGCCGAGCUGCUGCUGGGCCAGCCCAUCUUUCCAGGCGACAGCGGCGUGGACCAACUGGUGGAGAUCAUCAAGGUGCUCGGCACGCCGACCAGGGAGCAGAUUCGGGAGAUGAACCCCAACUAUACAGAAUUCAAAUUCCCUCAGAUUAAAGCUCAUCCUUGGACCAAGGUGUUCAAACCUCGCACGCCGCCAGAGGCCAUCGCGCUCUGCUCCCGCCUGCUGGAAUACACGCCGGCCUCCCGCCUCUCUCCGCUGGAGGCGUGUUCGCACACCUUCUUUGACGAGCUGAGACAGCCCAACACGCGACUGCCCAGCGGCCGCGAGCUGCCCAUGCUCUUCAACUUCAGCACUACAGAGUUGUCCAUCCAGCCUCAGCUGAACCCCACACUGAUCCCUCCACACGCUCGCGCCCACACAGCUCUUUCCUCUCACGACGGUACCGGCCCGGACGCCUCUCAACUGGGUUCAGUACCAGGAUCUCUUAACAGCAUCUGAAGCGGCCAAUUGCCUGCUCUGCCUGCCAGCCAGCCCCGCCCCCUCUUAUUCUCAUACACACACACACACACACACACACACACUUACACACACACACACACACACACACACACACACACAAAGAUAA